AUGAUUUGCGGUGGAGGUGUUGGGUGGCGGUUGCUGCAUCAGCACCGUCUUCUGCGUGUUGAUGACCAGUCCGAAGUUCUUGCGGGCGGCGGAGAACAGGUGCAUGCUGCGUUGCAUCUCCUCUUCCGAGGUGGUGUUCAGGGCGCAGUCGUCGGCGAAGAGAAGUUCGUGGACAGAGGUUGUGGAUACGCGCGAUUGGAAGUGCAUCCGUCGUUGAUUCAGAAGGUGACCGUCCGUCCUGCAGGUGAUGCAGAUCCUGGGGUUAUCAUCACGGCGGACGUCCAUCAGCAUGGCAGAGAACAUGAGACUGGAGAGGGUAAGCGCCAGCACGCAUCCCUGCUUCACUCAGUUGGUUACUGCGAAUGCCUCUGAGACAGCUCCGUUGUCCGGGAUUCGCGCCAUCAUACCGUCGUGCAGCUGACGCACCAUCUAAAUGAAUCGCUCCGGACAGCCGAAUUUCUGCAUGAUCUUCCACAGUCCUUCACGAUCUUCCUUCAGGUCCCCCAUCUCCUGGCACUCCUCUUGAAGUUGACGAGCAACAAAGAUCAUAUCCGUGGUCCCUCGAUGACGACGGACGCCGCAUUGGCUUUCCGGCAGAUGGCCCUAUUCAAGAUGAUUAUUUAGACGAUUGAUGAGGAUGCGAACGAAGAUCUUCUCGGCGAUGUUCAGCAAGGAGUUGUCGCGGUGAUUGUCGCAGACUUGGCGGUUCCCUUUUCGCUUGUAGAGAUGCACGAUGGUUGCGUGAUUGAAAUCUUGCGGGACUUCACCUUGACGCCACAUCCCCUGGAAGAGCGCAGUCAGAUGAUCCAUCAGUUGGGGACAUCCGUGCUUGUAGACCUCAGAAGGGAUCGCGUCCGAUCCGGACGCUUUCCCGCUGGAGAGCUGCUGCACGACCCUGAUGGUUUCCUGGAGAGAUGGCGGGAGGUCGAGAUCCACGUUGGUCUCCACUUGCGGCAAACGCGCGAUGGCGGCGUCGGAGAUGGCGGAAGGGCGGUUUAGGACGCCUCUGAAAUGCUCUGCCCAUGGCUAUAGAAUUUGUGUCUUCUCAGUCAGGAGGGUACUGCCGUCAGCGCUGAGGAGAGGAGCAGUGCCCUUCGUCGGCUGGACGUAGACGGCUUUGAUCGCAGAGAAGAAGUCCUUCCAUUCAUUGCGGUCCGCGUGGCCUUGGAUCUCUUCAGCUUUGCAAGCAGUCCUGGUGUUGGCGGCGUGCGCGACCGAGGACGGAUAGCGCCGUCGACUGGACCGUGUCUCGCAGUUGACAACAGCGGUUCUCCAUGGAGGCGUUCUCGACAGCGGCGGCGUCGGCAGCGACGGGAAGGUUGUCUAGUCGUUGAGUUAGCUCAUUGCUGAAGUGGAUAUGGUGAGCGGACAAAGACAACAAGGCAGUAUUAAGCUUGCCUGGGGGUCUCUUACCUUGUGGUCUCCUGCGAGGCUGUAGGCGAAUACGCAUCUUCGAGAUGACGAGGCGAUGGUCGGUCCACCCGUCAGCACCCGCGAUCGCCUUCGUCACCAGCACGUCCCGCUGACCUCGCCUCCGGACGAGGACAUAUUCCAGCAGGUGCCGCUGACGCGACCGAGGAUGCCUCCAGGUGGCCUUCUCUCGCUCCGGCAGACAGAAGAACGUGUUCGUCAGGCUGAGACGGUGUUCUGCGCAGUUGCGGAGAAGCAGCAGACCAUUGUCGUUUGA